AUCACUCUAGCUGUUUCAGCUCUCAGGUUCUUCGCUGGCGUCGUCUCGUCUCGAGACUCUCGAAUACUCUCGAAUUUCGAAUCUCGAGUAUCAGUUUCGAUUAAUUUCAAUUCAUCGAUUUAUAUAUUAAAAAAGUCGAAUGGAAGGCAAAUUCGACGUGCCGUUCAUAAAAGAGUCAACGAACUUCAAUAAUUCAUACUUUUCAAGUGAGCAAUUCUGUCCAUUCUGUUAUAGUUGUUGAAUACAAUAAGAUCAGUCGAGGUACCGCAGGUACCGCUACGUUCAUUGACGAACGAAAUUCACCGGCAAGAUGGAUCCUGGUUUCCAGAAGAGAAAGAGGAAAGAGAGACUGUACGACAUGAUGCACAGGGGCGCCGUGAGGGUCUGCAUGGGCGUCACGGUGGUUGGCAGCCUCUUGCUCGGUUACAAGGUGUACGAGUACUUCCGAUACAUUCGUCCCUUGCACCUGGCGCAAAGUAAACUGGCCCAGGAUGAACUCCUGCGCGAAGGUAGAAACAUAGAAGACUCGCCGAAUAUAGAAUUGUCGACGUAGAAACAUGCCGUACAGUUCAGCUGUGUACGUGUAAGCUAUCCUAAUGUAUAAGCAAGGAAAAUGGAAGUAUCGAAUGGCACGUGGAGCAGUGUAUUUUCGAAGCUGAUGUAUUUACGGACUGUUAAUGAACCUGUGUACAUACGUCUUAUGUCAAUGUAAAAAUUAAAAUUUUGUUUGUCAUUUGUAAAUAAAUUUCAUAGAUUUAUUACAUUUCGUGUAAUGGAUAAAGUCUGUUCUCUAGACUAGUGUUUACUUAUACUGCAAAUGAAAUUGAUAUAUGUUUCAACAAUAAAUGAGCUAUAUACUAUCA